CAUGGCUUUCGCACCAGGGCCGCCAACGCAGCCAAAGUCACGGACCACCAAGCACUGGAACAACUUCCUCGACAUCAUAGAUGCCAACCCAACGAUCGCUCCUUUGGUUCAGUUACUUACGAUCCAGUGCCUAAACAGCGAGAGGCAUAUCCGGGUGUUCUUUCUGGAUGAAAGUGGGUUAGAGUGGGACAAAUUGCCUCAGGAGAUCGAGGACGUCGACGCCUUCCCUGCUCGUGCACUCCUCGGUUGCAGGUCUCUCACAUACCUGCAUCUACAUCGGAUUUUAUGGGACGACCACUCCACCGAUAUUCAGGUGUGUUCGGAGCUACACGAUCUUCUAGUGACGCUUUUAGAAGACAUGGAGCGGGAAGAUGCCGUCAGAGCAUGGCGAAUCACAUCGCAGGCGUCGAGGACAUUAGAGAGAUUGCGGAUUAAUUCAGUUUCCUGUGAUGGCAAAGUUUGGGAAGGUGUGUUCGACCUCAGCUGCAUGCAGACUCUCCGUGAAGUUUCUCUAUCUUUCACUCUCGAUCGAACGCCUCAAUUUCCGGACUCUUUACUCCAUAUUGUUCACCUGGAACGGCGUCAGAGUAGCAUCGAAAAACUCGAGAUCUCUAUACUCUGCGUACAGGUGCACUCGGGAGACGAAAAGUCUCUCUUCAAUCCUGAUCUCGGAUGGGAUUCGCUAGAUGGGAUGCUAACUGACGACGCGUAUCCGCGUUUGAAGCACAUCAAGUUCACGUUCAAGUUCGCCAUUUGGGAAUCUUAUGCUGACUCCUCGCAGGUAAAGCAAGAGCUUUUGCCGCAAAUCGAUCAACUCUUCUCUCGAGUUAAGGCUCGAAAAUUUGGGGUGGAAUUUACGGUGCACCCAUACAGCGUUAAGGCCCCGUG